AGCUUUACCAUCUAUCUGGCAGAGAGAGAGAGUCCUAAGGAACCUUCGCCGAUCGACGCUCUCCUCCCGGGACGUUGUGAUGUAGGAGGAUUCCUCACUCUGCUCUUCGUCUCGGGCUCGUGGUUUCGUUUACGGUGUGAUUUAUUUUGCAUAUGUUUUUUGUUUCUUGAUUUUUUCAUCCCAUGCUUAGAAUUUUUUCCAGGGGUUCUGAUACUUGUGAGGGUUAGGAGCGGUGUCUAAAAUCGAAGGAUAGUCGACGGCACAUUUGUAUGUGCGUUAUUCGGGGUGUGGUUUUUGUUUUUAUUUUUAUUGUUUAUAUUCCAUUUGAUGAUGUCUAUGGGUUUGUUUGUCUUAUGUUGGGGUUUGGUAAUGCGGAGUGAUUCGGAUGUGGAGUGACAAGGGUUACUGGGAGAUUUCAAUUGCACAUGGGACUGGAUUUGAAGAAAUGUUUCGAUUUUUGUGGUUGUUAGAUUAGCUCUGGGUGACCUGGAAUCAGGCGGAGGAUGUCGUAGAUCGUUCAUUGUUUUCCUCUCUAGUUGUGUUUAUUCAUUUGUUUGACUGUAUGCGCGACUAAUGGUUGCGGGUAUUCAUCGACAUUGAUUUUUUACAGAUAGGAUUGAUCUCGUUAAAUUGGACUGCACAAGACAGGCUAGAAUCCAAGUCGGUUGCAUUUUGGCGGUAGGGUGUUUGUAUCAAGAGUUUGCGAUGGUUCCAGCAGCGCGACACCAUUUGGGGAAAGGACCAGUUUCUCCUCAAUAACGAGGAACAUCUGCAAGACUAAACUUGUGCAAUCAUCUCACCCUUUCUGAAGGGCGGUGUGUCGUUCAAAGCUCUCUUCUCAAUUUUGACAUUUGACCCCAUGUGAAAGUUCACAGGGUAAAACACAUGCAGAGCAACGGGAUGGAACCUGAAUCUAGGUUAGGUCGAAUGAUGGAUAUGUCUCCUAUAGGGUCGGGAUUACGAGGGCAGCCUGUUUCUGGUGGAGCAAUGCUUGGUGUCGGGCCUUCCUUGGAGAAUCCGUUGCCGCAACCCAUGUAUACUCGGGGAUCUGGGCAGGUGAUGACAGAGGAGCAGCUCGAAACAUUACGACGACAGAUUUCAGUGUAUGCAACGAUCUGUCAGCAGCUUGUUGAAAUGCACAAAGCGAGUGUUUCCCAGCAAGCAUCCCUUCCGGGUAUUUUAGCAGGUGGUCAGAUCGUAUCUAUGGAUCAGAUGACUGGAACACCUACUCAUAAGUCGACAGCAAGGCAGCGAUGGACCCCUAGUCAGCAUCAGCUACAAAUACUGGAAAAGUUGUUUGAGCAAGGCAGUGGUACGCCCAACAAAGUGCGCAUCAAAGAGAUUACUGCUGAGCUCAGUCAGCAUGGUGCUAUCUCGGAGACCAACGUGUACAACUGGUUCCAAAACCGGAAGGCUCGAGCCAAAAGAAAACAGCAACUGGUUACCCCGAAGGAUGGUGAAUCUGAAGCUGAUUCAGAUGGGGAGUCGCCGAAGGAAAAACGUACAAGACAGAAAGGUGAUCAAAACCAAGAUGAAUCAGUAGGUAUCGGAGAUCCACAUGGUGGAGGAAGUUUUGAUGGAGCCGGUAAUGGGGUCCCUGAGCAAAAAGCUGUUAAUUCUGACCAACAAGAUGCCACAUCAUCUGCACUGCUGCAUCCACAAGCAGAUACUAAACCUGAUAUAUCAUCAUUUAACAGGGGUGCUGGGUUUGAUCCUUAUAAUAUGCCUCAAGGCAUUCCUCCCAUGAUGAGUUGAGUGGCAUGCUGCUGGUCUUGUAACUUCGGUAUUAAUGGUUGGCAAGGGACUACAUAAGUCUGAGAAUCUACAAGACAUGGAGUCUGGCUAGAAGUGUGUUUCGCUUUGCAUGGCCUCUGAUGUGGUGUGCUCUCAAGGGCAUUGAGCCACCCGCGGAUAAAGCAGUAGACUUUCCAUUGCAGCAGUUGUGCUGCUCCCUUGGGUGUAUUAGAUAGUAGUUAUUUAUGAAUUCAUCGUGUGGUUUUGAAGCACAUCGGUCUAUGGAAUACACACGUGACUGCCUGUGAAGGGUUGGUCAAAUUACAAGACUUUGUGGCACCAUGGACAUUGCUGUCAUUUGCUUGCUAUUGGACACAGAUGCAUCUGCUUCCGAGUAUGCACCGAGCAGUCCUAUUGAGAUUUUCCAUUCUAUUAUUGAUAUAAAUCUUCAUUUGUACUUGAAAAAACGUAUUAUUUGCCUUCUACUUCUAAAUUGAAAAUAAAUAGUAGUAUUUAUUGAUUUUC